ACGGCCGGCUCAGGGCGCCACCCACUCGUCAUGGCGGCCACGGAGCCUCCGCCGCAGGACGGGCCCGGCGCGGGCGCGGAGGUCUUCUGCUACGCGCCCGAGGAGGACUUCGUCCGGGAGGGCGUCGAGUGGGCGGGGGGCGGCGGCGGGCCGUCGGCCUUCGACCGAGCGCUGCAGCGCAGCUGGACGGACCGGCUGGAACGGGGGCUCUUCCGCUACCGGCUGGGGGACCUGCAGACGCGGCUGCUGCCCGGGCCCGCCGGCUUCGUGGCGCAGCUGAACCCGCGGCGCGGCUCGGACCGGAGGCGGCCGCAGGAGGUGUGGAGCGUCCGGCAGAGCUUCGACCCGCGCCAGUUCAACUUCACGCAGAUCCGGCCGGCCGAGGUGCUCUUCGCGCUGGGCCCCCGCCGACCCCCCCAACCCCCGGGGCCCCCCUCGCCGCCGCCGCCGGUCCUGGUGGCCAUCAACGUCAGCCCGCUGGAGUUCGGCCACGUGCUGCUGCUGCCGGAGCCGUCGCGGGGGCUGCCGCAGGUGCUGACGGCCGAGGCGCUGCGGGCGGGCCUGGACGCGCUGCUGCUGAGCGGGCGGGCGGCCUUCCGCGUGGGCUUCAACAGCCUGGGCGCCGGCGCCUCCGUCAACCACCUGCACCUGCACGCCUUCUACCUGGAGCGCCCGCUGCGCCUGGAGGCGGCGCCCUGCCGGCCCCUGCUGCCCGACGCCGGCCUCUACCUCCUGCAGGGCGGCCCCGCGCCGGGCCUGCUCUUCUACCACGGCGGCGGCGGCGGCGGGCAGGGCCUGGACGAGCUGUCGCGCCGCGUGUGCCGCCUGACCGACCACCUGGCGCGGCACGAGGUGGCGCACAACCUGUUCGCCACGCGCGGGGCCGCGCCCGAGGGCCCCCCGCACGCCCGGCCGGGCAUCCGCGUGGCGCUGUGGCCGCGGCGCGCCUGCUUCGGCGCCAAGGACGGGGCCGCCUUCAACGUGGCCCUCUGCGAGCUGGCCGGACACCUGCCCGUCAAGACGGCCGCCCACUUCGAGGCGCUCACCGAGGCCGCCGCCCUGCGCCUCGUCCGCGACCACCUCCUGCCCGAGCCCCACUUCGCCCGGCUGCAGCGGGACCUGGUCGCCCUCCUCCGCCGCCACGAGUGACCCACCUCCUCCCCCCCCACUCCUGCCCUGGCCAGCCGUGGGGCGGCUCCCUGCAAGGCUGGCUGCGGCCCGGAGUGGGGGCCUCGGAGGGGCACGGACAAGGGAGCUCCGGUUCUGCAACCAGGCAGGCUUGGGGGGGGGGGGGGUUCCAAUCACGGGCGGGGUCUCUGCUGCGCCUGCACCUUUCAUGUGGCAUUUCACUGCGAGGGGGGGGAGGAAUGGAGCCUCCAUGUGCGGGAGCAGAAGCCGGACACAGCCGGCGCCGCCCGGAUAUCCGCCCCCCCUGAAAACCCAAGCCAGGCGCGCUCAGGCUCCGCUGGGAAAGUGCUGCCAAUCGGGGGCGGAGCCAGCGCGCUACGGACGGGCCAAUGAGGAGCGAGAGGUCGCUGGCGUCACGGAGAACGAGACGCCUGCUGGCAGCGAGCACGGCUGUGUGGAGCUCCGCCCCUCCCUGGCCCAAAGGGGCGGAGCCAGGUGUCGCCCUGGUGACGGCGUAAGGACGGGAAGCCCACGCACCGCCCCCCCUCCCCCAGUGUGAGCCGCGUGGCAGGUGAGGGGGCAGGUGGAAGACCCUCCCGCCCUUUGGCCCCUGGGGCACCUCCCGGGGGACCCCCUGGCUGGCAGGUGGCAACGGGCUUCUCCAGGGGUGCCCCCCCAUCACAACUGGUGAUCAGGGCGCCCUGGGAAAGAUGGCCACUGCAAGUCCCCCCUUCUUUGCCCUGCCUUGGCUCCCCCCCCCUCUGUCUCUGUCCCAAGAGGGCCUGAGAGGAGGAUGAAGAUCAGUGCAGAGGGAAGCAGUGACCCUGAGGGUGAAACUGGGGAGGAGGAGGAGGAGGAGGAAGCCUCUCCCAGGAAGCCACAGGGCCCCAGUCCAGGGCACAGAAGCAAAGCAGGCAGCAGGAAGGGCCAGCCAGGGGGGUCACCAGUCCAUCUGGAGAGGAUGGCUGAGGAGUGGCAUGCCGAGCAGUCCAAGAGGAGGAAAAGGGAAAAGUUCAGGCCAGUGGUCUUCCCUUGCCCUGCAUUCCCACGCUGGCAGCCCCACAGCAAGCUGUGGACUCCCGUCUCCUCAUUGUUGGAGGUGGUUUGGGAUUGCACCCCUUUCUUGCUGAGCCUUGGGGCGGGGGGGGGGGGCAGCCCUCCCUCCCUCCCUCUGGCUAGUGGCAGCUCUGUCCAGCCUCUGAACAGUUCCUUCCUUGGUUCCAGGCAGCUCUCCAUCAACCUGUCCAGCUGCAAAUACGAGAGCAGUAAGUCAGGUGCUUCUCCCUCUAGCUGGACAGCCCCGGGCAGGAAGGGGCCUUCCUGGGUUUCCCACAGUGGCCGCGGAGCGGACUUGGCAUCCAGGCUGAGGAGGAGGAGGCAUGGGAUCCCUGCCCUAGAGAAACAGUUCCCAGGGCCCCGCUAGGGAUGCUUCUGCGGGGCACCCUGUUGCAUUGACUCCGGUCCUGGGGCGUGGACUGUGGCAGCCCCCUCCUCCUGCCAACAGACAGGUAAAUGCCUCUCCCCCUUUCGCUGCAGUGAGGCGUGCUGCUCGGCACUGUGGCCUGAAAGUCGGCAAAGACUAGAAGUGGACAGUUUACUGGACUGACUUCUCUGUCUCGCUGGAGCAGGUCAUGGAGAUGAGGAGGUUUCAGGUACCUGCUGUGGAAUCACGGACGUCUCUAGUUUUGAAAAGCCUCCUGUAGCCAGCAGAUUCUGAAAUGCCACGAGACCUCCACUGCUCCCGCUGCCACUUCUCCUGCCAGCUCCUAGAAAUUCCCAACACCAAUCAGCACGCUUGCCGAGAAGCCUGUGGGCUGCCCCUACCAGACGUCUUUGCCUCUGUGAAGCCACCUUCGGGUGUCCUACCCAAACAAAAAAAACCAAUUGUGGCAUCAGGU